AUGGAAAACAACGGCAAACCAUCCUCCUUAGAGACGACUCCUCCAAGACAUCUCCCAAACAAUGGCGAUGAGUCUCCUUUGCUCUCCGAUGCUGGUUUCAACGCGACUCCCCUCGUUGCGCCUUCUCUUCCUCCUUCAUCAUACGCAAAUUCCACUUUUAUCACCAACUCAAUAAAUAUCCAGCGAAGUCCGUCUACCGCCAAAGACCAAGCAGAGGCUCUGGCCAGGACAUUAUCGUUCAAAUCGGCCAAAUCAAAUGGAAGUGUUGAUUCCUCUAGUCGCGCCUCAGCCCUCUCCAGCCGUCUUGAACCUCUUCACGAAAGCCGCGGCCGUGCAGAACCCAACUCUAGUUUGAUCGAAGCCACAACCAAGUGUAGUUUAUCUAAAUCAUCCUCGGCUAAGUCGGUCAAUAGCGUUCAAGCUGUUGGCAGUUUCCCAUUAGGCACCCUUCGCGUCCAUUCACCGUCGUCGCCGACUUGCCCAACAUCUCCACAGCACGAGUGCCUCAAAUCAGGUGAUGUUUUCAUUUGCAGAGGUAUCCCGGCAGGCUCCAUUCUGGGUUAUGAUACUCAGCUCCUCACCGUCAGAGCUCGUGAUCAGUUUGAAGGCAUCAAAGAUAUUCCACCAGGAGUACAUCUGGUUUGGGGAGGAUCUAGUCUCACUUCGCUGCGCAAUGGCUUCUGGUUCAUUUCAAGUAAGCGAGCCUCAGACGAAUGCGGAGAAAUGCAUGUCAGAAGAUGGGAUUCCCAGAACGAGGUUCUUCAGGAAGAAGUCUCCAAUGCCGAAGUGAGAAUCCAGAAAUCAGAGCUACCCGAGCUUCUUCACAAGAUGCAGCCCUAUAAUGCCACCGCCAGCGCACCUCUGACCCAAGGCAACUCGAUUGUUUCUACUACACCUACUACUACCACAAAAGACCCCAACAUCUGGCUUCAGAUGACAUCUUGCAUCAAGGGAGCGCUGCUUAGCAAGGUUACUGGCCAAAAAUGGAAUCAUUGGCAAGUUUCUUCUCUGCACGAUUAUAACCACGAAGGCCACAGUUCCAAAUCCAGUCGUGAUGCCGAUAUCACUAUUGAUAAUUACAAGGACGAGAUCCUGAACUUUGUCUUUCCGAAGGAUACCAAAACGUUCUCGGACGAAUCCAGAGGCCGUCAGCGUACGCAGCAGGCCUUGGACUCGACUUCUUACGUUGAAGAUAUCAUUAAUGAUAAAUGUACCUACCAGGACUCGGAUGAGAUCAUUGGAGAGGUUCAAUUUUGCUACUUGACUGGCAUGUUGCUAGGAAACAUAGCUUGCAUGGAGCAGUGGGCACAUGUUGUCAAGAUCGUCUUUCACGCUUACUACUUGUCUCUGGAGAUGCCCGUCUUCUUUACGAAGUUCAUACAGGCUGUGCACAACCAAUUCCGAUACGACCACGAGUAUUUAGAUGGCAGCAUCCUUGACCAUGACAGCAACCUCGCCCACGACCUUAGAGUGGCCCUCAUUGUCUUCAAGUCACGCCUCAAUGAGCAGCUUCUCGCCCAAGGAAAAGACCUAAAUAGUAAGCAGAGCGCGCUUGCGAAAGCAUUUGAGGAAUUCGAAGAGUGGCUUUGGAAGUGGGACUGGGAUCUCAGAGGCAACUAUGUUCGGAGCGGACAGAUUCAGCUUGAGGACGGCGAGUUUGUCGAUGCAGAGGUUGAAGAUUUUCAAGAAGAGGAUGAGCGUGGUGAGUGGGCACCGGCUGUAGUCGACCUGGACGAAAACGGACGCGAAAGAGGGCUCAUCCGUUUUUGA